AUGCCCGAAGUCCCCGAGCACGGAGAGGGGGUAAUUUUCCAGCACGCGAAUGUCAGUGUCCCUGAAGUCCCGACAAUCGUCCCUCCGCCGUCGCCAAAAACGAUCGAUUCAAUCGACCCUUCGCUUAUUCCCCGGCCUCUCGGGGUCGAAACAGCCCUGGAGGAGACUGGGACAAAGCUCAAGGAGCAGUCAUCCGUCGUGACAAUCGCCAAUCCUGAUCAUGACAUUUGUCUUUGCCAUUCGCCUCACCCGCGACACAAUAGAGUGGUGUCGAUAUCUCGCGUUGCGAAAGUCAGGUUGGCAGAGGAGAAGCUGUCGGAAUCUGAAGAAUCAGUGGACAUUGUCUUCCCACCCGAAGAUGAAGAUGUGCAAGACGCAACGGCCCCUACAAGCCCUGAAGACGAAAAGGAAGAAGGGGUCAAGCGAGACAAGGCUGAAGACGAAGAUAGGAGGUCAGUUCGAUCUGCGAGCCAAACCCUCACUAGACUUUACUCCUUCUCCUCCAGCACCAGUUGCGGACCCGUCGUUGAGAGGGAAGAAGCAGGGAGUUCUGGUACAUCGGAUAUGGAGCGUAGUAGAGGGCCGUUCCAGUCCUCGCACCUCUCCCGGUCUUCCUCACUUCCGUCACCAUCUUUGCACCCCCGGCACCCGGCUCGAAAAAAGCAACCUGCCAUCCCACCAACCGACUAUCAAAAAUUCGGGCCGGAAGCCUGGUUGAGAGACAAAUCCAAAUCCAAGGCUACGGCUAGGCCCAAACCUAAGCUUAGAGACAAUGACAAUCAUAAAAAUAAGGAUAGGGAUGAAGACAAAAACCAAGAUAGAGUCGGCCAAAGGCGACGUAUCAGUAAUCUACCACGUUUUAUCCGAAGAUUCCUCCCCAAGGCGUUCUCUUCUGAGCCUUUCGCCGAUCCUCCAUCACAGGCGCAACGGAGACAGCCGCUAAGACAGCCACAACAACAAAGACAACAACAACAACCGCCACGUCCUCCUCCACCGCCUCUUCCGCCAUCUAUAGCACGACCACAGGUACGCCCCCAGUCUCCCGCCAGUUACAACCCAUUCACGACACCCUGGACUCCGCCGUCCACGCGCCCUUAUAUAUCCCAAUAUCGCCCACGAAGCCAUAGGUCCCGCUCGAUCCGGAGCUCCAAACCUACACCGGAAGAAUGGGGUCCGCUCAAGGCUCCUAUCAGCGGAAGCAGCUGGCGAACAAGCUUCAACAAUACAUCGCAAGAGAAGUUAGGAUCUGCAGGGCCUGAACGGGCUAAAAGAAAAUCCAAGGUAAAAGAGAAAGACCCGCUAUUUGCGCCAGACCAGGUCCAAGAGAGGAUCGUCAUGAUGCGACCGGGGCCGGUGCAGAUUCGAGAUGAGAAUGGGGUGUAUUGGUUGUGA